AUGGGUUUCCAUUGAAUGUGUUCCAGUGUGGGAGACAUAAUGCUGACUCAACUGGGUUUCCUGGUUUUCUUCACUUGCUCUGCGCUGUCCUGGGACCCGGAUGCUGGAAUAGUUGUUUCUUUCACCAAACGCCCAGGCGCAAAGGCAAUCGCUUCAUCCAAUCAGGAUAAAGCCAACCUCGUCAUUGACAGCAAGGACAGCACCCACUGGACCUCUGAGCCAUGUCUGCCUAUGAAUUACAUCAAUAACAAGGACCUCAACGUGCUGUUCAACGCAUGUCAAGAAGGACGUUGCACAACAUCAACAGGAUCGACAAGCGUGCCUUCUGCAACAGAUGCUAAUUGGAAAACGGUCUUCAAAGCUGGGGUCAGUAAUGGACAGGCAGAACUUCAUAUAAGAUUGAACAAAGAUACCCCUCUGAAACUUGUAUCCCUUCAAGGUAAAUUCCACGGACCCACAACUCUGACUGUUGAUCACGGUAACGACCACAAAACUAUUAAAGUCCUAAAUCCCCAGGAUGACUACCAGAAAGAGACUCUGGCCCUGAAUAACGCAUCUGCGCUCGGUAUUUCUCUCACAUCAAGUCAGUCUUUCUCCUUGGAGGAAAUAGGAGCUCUUGGUCAACAAGGAUGCGUCGAUCGUCUAGUGAUAGACCUUGGCUCAGUGGAGACUCUUGGUUCAAUCAGAGUUCGAUCCUGGCCAGGAGAAGAAACAUACUACUCCAGGUUGAUGACGUCCCUUGACAUGAAAACCUGGUACACCGUGACCGAUAUUGACCCCAAACUUGUUAAUGCCCAAUAUUACAAGGUAGACCCUCCCGUGCGGGCGCGGUACGUUGCCAUUGAGCAUGACAUCCAUGACAAAGACUGGGUUAAAUCGUUUGUUUGGGAACUUGAUGCAUUUGGCACUGAUGGAGCCUGGGGUCCACCCCCAACUCCUAAGCCGAAUCCUGAUAGUUUUCAUCAGAUGUUUGGAGUAAAUGGAAUCUGGGGCUGGGGUCUUAAAGGACAGGUUCUACAUCCUGGACAGGGGGCCUUCCUGUACAGCCAGGUUGCCUCUCAUGCCAGGAACUACCAUCAAAUAGGGUGGGACAUUGCGAAGCUUGGGGACAGAGCUGGGUAUGACAUCAUGGCACAGGGACAUGGGACCAGUGCCAAGUCUUGGGUGAACUGGGAUACAGAGUAUGGUAUUUGGGUAAAGGCGAACUUGUCAAUCGACGUCUCCAUCCAGUUUAAAGCUGACAAGUACCCACCAAACCUAUGGACCAACCCGAAGCAAGAGGCAUACCAGUUUGGUAAGGAUUUCGCUGCUCACUUUGGACCUACAAAAGGCAAUGGUCUUGUCACGGCAGCUGAAGUGGGAAAUGAACCAUGGGAUUAUCUUCACGAUUUCUACGCCACAGUUCUUGAGGGAAUGGCUAAAGGCCUCAAAGAUGGAGAUCCCGGUAUCAAGGUCCUUCCUGCCGCACUCCAGUCAUUUGACAAAACUGCAGAGAACCCUCCAUGGCAUGCCAACUAUAUCGGUACAAGGGUGACCGAGGCAAUUGCUCCAUACAUUGAUGUGCUGAAUGAACAUGUAUAUAGUUUUGUAACUAAACCAAACGGCACUCGCAUUCUAUCUUACCCUGAAGAUCAUAUGAGUGAGUUCAACGGCAUGAAAAGUAUGGUCAGAUGGCGAGACGUGAACAUGCCCAACACCCCUGUGUGGAUCACCGAGUACGGCUGGGACUGUGCUGGAGCCGGGGAAACCUGCACCUACUCCGAGUGUGUGUCUGAACGGGCGGCAGCACUGUACGGCGUCCGGGCUCUCUUGAUCAUGGCUAGAAUGGGUAUUCAAAGAGCUACCUGGUUUUACUUUGAAAAUCACGCGACGGCUGAAUGCCCGCAACCGCGGAUUUUCUGUCGCAGCGGCCUCACGGGAUCCAAGGAGGUCAACUUUGCCAAGAAGAAGGUCUUUGAUAUCCACAAAGCCUUCCUUGACUACGUGGGCAACACACACUUCCUGCAGGUCGUCAAAGAGGACAAUGAUGCCUAUGUCUAUCUCCUUGGUGAUGUGAAACAUGGAUCUGGCUCUCCCAUGGCAACCCACGUUGUAGCUUGGCGACCUAUCAAUGCCGACGACACUUCAUCUCAGUCUGUUUCUUUGAACCUACGAGCUCAUCCUAAGUCUGCUAAAUACAUCACUCCUGAUGGUCUGACCACGGCCCCAACACCGUCAUCCAGCGGUGGACACUGGGUGGUCAGUCUCAAGUCUGAACCUAUUAUAGUUGAGGUCAACAGCUUUGCUGUGUCUGGUGGAGUCAGCCCUGUUGGCUAAAUCUAUAUAAAUAUAUUACAAUGUUGAAACGCUUGUCGGAGUUUUAUUGAAGGAUGUUUACAAUCCAGUGAGAGCAGCAGCACCUAACAUGUAGCUGAGUUACGUAAUCGAGCGUCAACCGCUAUUAAUAAACUUCAAGUCGAGGUGUCCUUAUAUCCUUAUACACGUACAAAUCUUAACUAGAUCUUAAUUCUGAACUAUCAGACCCCGGUAGAUUGUAUGAAUAAU